CCCAAGUCUGACUUUCAGUUUUGCUUUUAGCUUCAAACGUAUACCAUUCGAAAAAAAAUUAUUAAAAAAUUAUUAUUACCGAAAAAUUUAGAACCAAGCGAAAUAACAAAUUGAAGUGAUAUUUAAAGUCAUACAAAGCGUAUAUCUUUUCCCAAUUGAAAUUUUCGAAGUAAUUCAAAUUAGUAACUGUUAAAGUUAUUUAGCGUGGGCGCGAAGAGCAUCGGGCAAAUGGGUGAAAUCCCAGAAGAGAUGGAAUUAUUUGAUAUCGACGAAAUGGCUUCCCCCAAUAAUGAGGAGCUUGAGCCGGGAGAUGAAAAUUUCGAACGAGAAAAUGAGAAUUUCGAAGAAGACAAUGAAAAAUUGACCGCUGUUCAUUACGGUAGACCCCGUCGACCUAGACGCUACGGAAGCAGAAGUGUAGAUGCCUGUUAUCGCGUACCGCGGUUCACCCCCCACUACUAUUUCACAGGGAAUGUCUUUCCUAGGAAUCGUAGAAUGACUUGUGGUGAACCACGGACUUACUGCUUGUCGAGGCCCUGUUCGGUAUUCCCAUCGCCUAGUUGCUAUCCAGACUGCUAUCCACCCACGAUGUCGGGCUGCAGUUACAUGGAUGCAUACAUGGGAAUGCCAAUGUACCAAUACAUGAAUGGUCUUCAGGGGUGGGGAGGUUAUUACGGAGGAUGCGGUAUGGUAUAUUGAUUGCUAACAGAUACUCGAUAAGAUAUACUGUGAAAGAACUUUGGAGUGCAAAAGCAAUCGUCUUAUCCGCUGAAGGAGAGCACUCUAUAAUUUAUUUCAGAAAAAUGUUUCCAAAUGUCUUUUAUUUCGUUUUUUCUUUUUAAUAAAAACUUUAGACGAAAAUAUUGGCAA